UCAUUCAUAUCCGCCGCCAACGAUCGCUGUUAAAAUGCGGCUCUUCCUCCUGCCCGUAUCAACUCGAAGGACCUUGAUUUACGCCGAACGCGUUCAGCUGCAAUUGGCCGCCGGAGCCAAACCACCACUUCAAGACCGUCUCAUCACGAGAGUCAGCGAUACAUGGGCGAAAUGGGAAAAAGCCGAGAAAGGCUGGCAGAAGAAGCUCACGACAUACGGUAACCAGGGUCUCCGGCGCAUACCAUUCGAAGAAUGGGGAUUGAAGUCGCUGCCUUCGGCCAACAAGCAGCGACUGGAGGACGCGAGCAGCGGGAAGGUGAAAUAUGAAUGUCUAUAUCCUGGCGCCUUCGUCAAGGAGGCCAGCGUGCCGGCUAUCCUGAGCAGACUUGCCACGGAGCGUCAAGGCUUACAUAGCAAGAGAAUGUGGAAUUGCCUGAUCUUUGCGCCCUUCACGAUACCAUUUGCUCUUGUACCUGUAAUCCCCAACAUUCCAUUCUUUUAUCUCAUGUUCCGGGCAUGGUCGCAUUACAAAGCACUCUACGGCUCAAAGAUGUUGGAGCAUCUCACGAAGAACAACCUUAUCAAAGCGAUACCUUCACAAGAGAUGGACGAGAGAUAUGCCGCAGGACUACUACAUCCAUCCCAGCAGCAUGCACGAGAUGCGGAUCCACCUAGCAAGGAAGAGAUCGAAUACAUGGCCAAGAAUGCGGAGGCACAGACGGAGGGUGGGAAGAAAGAGGUGAUGCUGUUGGAGAGCUGGAACGGAUCACUGCUUGCGGAGAGCUUCAAGCUUCCAGAGCUGGAUAUUGAGGUCGAGCGUGCGGUAUGGCAAGCCGAAAAUGCGAUCAAGGGUGAUGCGCAAAAAGAGAAAGAUGCCGCAGCAUUGAAGACGAAAGAGGAGACGAAGUAA